AUUUUGUUCAUGUCGAUAAAAAAGUUGUAAAAGCAGCUUUUUGUUGGAUAAUGCUCUAGCAAAUCUUUAUGUCUUCUACGUCCAUAUUCUUGUUUUUUACUUGAAAUUAAAAAUGGAAAAAUUUUUGGGUAUUGAUAAACUACAAACAUUAAUUCGUACAAUUCGUAUGCAUGGAGGCGUUUUGGCAUCUAUUCGUACGUUGUUUAGGAUCGAUGAUUUGCCAAUUGGAACGUUAAUUGGUGAAGACAAAUAUGGAAAUAAAUAUUACGAAAAUCCCGCAUAUUUUUAUGGUCGAAACCGAUGGGUAGUGUAUUCUGAAAAAGUAGGACUAAAUUAUGAUGGCUCUCAAGUACCGGCAGAAUGGUUUGGUUGGUUGCACUAUAAAACCGAUUUACCACCACAUUUAGAUCCCACACGACCUAAAUACAAAUGGAUGUCUGAUCAUACUCCUAACUUAUCUGGGACGAGUAAAGCCUACAUGCCGUACAGUACAACUCGGACUAAAAUUGAAGGCUGGCAACCACCAAAAUAAUUAAUUAUACAAAUAUAAUUAAGAAAUGUAGUUUUAUUAUAUUAAAAUUAUCUUAACUUGAUAUUGUAAUUUAUGAAAAUGAUUGUAAAUAUAUUAUAUGCACAUAUUA